GGAGAAGCUCUCACCUGGACAGUGUUCAGCACUAGCCUAUAUGCUUCUGAGCUCAGAGGAGGUGCUGGAUGAGCUGAACCUGAACAGAUACAACACAUCAGAGGAGGGUUAUAGGAGACUGAUCCCAGCUGUGAGUGUCUGCAAAAAGGCUAUACAAGUUAACUGUUAUUUCAUCAAGGACUCCUACAAAAUUCUCUCCUCUGCUCUACAAUCAGCAAACACUCCCUUGAAGGAACUGAAUCUCAGCAACAGUGACCUGCAGGAUUCAGGAGUGGAGCUGCUCUCUGAUGGACUAAGGAGUUCUUACUGUAAACUGGAGACACUCAGACUUGCUGGCUGUAAUCUCACCAUAAACUCCUGUGAAAAACUGGCAUUGGCUCUGCAGUCAGGAAACUCUUCCCUGAAAGAACUGGUUCUCAGUAACAAUGAUCUACAGGACUCAGGAGUCGAGGUGCUCUCUGCUGGGCUGAAGAGUUCACACUGUAAACUGGAGACACUCAGGCUCACUAUCUGUAAUCUUGGGGACGAAGCUUGUAGGAGUGUGGAAUCAGCUUUACAACUAGAACAUUCCUCCCUGAAAGAACUGGACCUUAGUAACAAUGACCUACAGGAUUCAGGGGUGGAGCUGCUCUCUGUUGGACUGAACAGUUCACACUGUAAACUGGAGAUACUCAGAAUGAUGCCAGGAUAA